AUCUGCCUGCUUCCCCCAAAUCUCUUUCUUUCUCUUUCUCUCUCUAUCUUUCCAGUCAUUUUUAUCAUACCAACUACUAACUAGCAAGUAAUAUGGAGAGAAUACAGAUUAUUAGUGAUUAGAUACUCUUCAUGAAGAUGACUUCCGUUUAUUGCUUAUUAGUACUAUUAAAGACCAAGUUAGCUAGGAGAAAAAAAGCUAUUUUUUUGAAAAGCUGCUGAAAGCUUAUUUAAAAGAUAAAGUUAUUAAGCAAAAGCUGAGUACCGAAAGACAUUACCUUUUCCUUCUCCUCCAUGUUCUCUCUUUCUCUCUCUACAUCCUUCUUCUUACUCAUCAAACACACUUACACUCAUCAUUACUGUUUAUAGAUCACAAUCUUAUUCUCUUUUAUUCUUAACUUCUAGUCUAAUUCUUAAUUUCAAUAUCCAUCGUAUUACUUGCAACUAAUUAAACAAAACCCUUCAAAUAAUAUUAAACAUCAAACAAAUGUUAGGCGGUGGUUCAUCUUCUUCAUCAGUUCCUUGUUCUUACCAUGCCAACAACAACAACGACAACAUUACUUCAACCAGUCCAACUGACAACGCUUCUAGUAACAAACGCAAACGCCGUCCUGCCGGAACUCCAGAUCCGGAUGCGGAGGUAGUGUCACUAUCACCAAAGACACUGCUAGAAUCAGAUAGAUAUGUAUGUGAGAUCUGCAAUCAAGGAUUUCAAAGAGACCAGAAUCUGCAGAUGCAUAGGAGAAGACAUAAAGUUCCAUGGAAGCUAUUGAAAAGAGAGAAUCCAGUGGUUCGAAAGAGAGUAUUUGUAUGUCCAGAACCAAGUUGUCUUCAUCAUGAUCCUUGCCAUGCACUUGGAGAUUUGGUUGGGAUAAAGAAACACUUUCGUCGUAAACACAGUAAUUAUAAACAAUGGGUUUGUGAUAAGUGUUCUAAAGCUUAUGCUGUUCAAUCUGAUUUUAAAGCUCAUCUUAAAACUUGUGGUACUCGCGGCCAUUCUUGUGAUUGUGGUCGUGUAUUCUCCAGAGUUGAAAGCUUUAUUGAACAUCAAGAUGCUUGUCACAUGGGUCGUCUCCGAUCAUCCGAUCAUCAUCAACAACCCAACAAUAAUCAUCACCAACACCAACACCAACACCAACACCAACACCAACACCAGAAUGUGUGUUUGUCUCGAGCAGCUUCAAGCUCAAGUCCGUCCAAUGACACGACAAAUGUUACUGUUGCUGGUCCUUGGAGUACCAACACACCAAAGCCAAGCCUUCAUAACUUGGACCUUCAACUCUCAGUGUCCCCUAAAGGUCGAACUGAUCAUGAUGAACAUAAUCAUUCAACUCAACUUCAACUCUCCAUUGGUUCAACUUCAGAUAACAACAACACUCCUGAAACCAACUCGAAUCGUAAUAAUAAAUCAGCUACUGCGUCAAGCCCGUCAAAUCACCAGCAUCAUGCCACAGCGAAGUUGAAGGAGCAAGCAAGCGAGCAAAUGAGGCUAGCGAUGGCGGAGAAAGCGUACGCUGAGGAUGCACGAAAAGAAGCCAAAAGACAGAUUGAGCUAGCAGAAAGAGAGUUUGCAAAUGCGAAGCGAAUAAGGCAACAAGCACAAACGGAGUUAGAUAAGGCACAAGCUCUUAAAGAACAAGCCAUGAAACAAAUUAGCUCGACAUUGUUACAAAUCACUUGUCAUGCUUGUAAACAACACUUUCAAACAUCGUCAAUGUCCAUGUCUAUAAUGUCGUGUGUUCCUACGGUGGUGGAGGAUCAGCAUAGCUCGCUAGCAGAAAGUCAAGUUGAAGAUGACAGCAAUAUGCAGUGAUAUGGCCUGGCUUUUAGUUCAUCAUGUGGUAUUAAUUUGUUAUUGUUUUUUUCAUUUGGAAUGGUCUUCGAUAUAUGCUUUUAUCUGCCAUGCUAUAAAUGGAGUGGCUUUUAGUAUCUUUAGAGAUUAAUGCUUAACAAUAACAACAAUAAUUAUGUGUUGUUUUUAUUACAGCUGUUGGUGUUAUUUUUAUAUUAUUUUUUAAAGGGUAGUUUUGUAUGGAGGAAUGUAUGUUCAUUUGUUUAACCAUAGACAAUAUAAUAAUUAGAGAACAAGAUUGGCCUUACUCAUUAAGGAUGAUUUUUAAUCCUUAAUGUAUGGGUAUAUUUUGUUCGUAAUGUGUGGUGGGAUAUGAUUAUUAUCAUUCAAAUAUAAUAUAAGGUUUGAAUUGAGUUUUUUUAUUUUUUCUUGC